GCAGCAGCGAUUCUGAUAAGACCACGAUCUGCGUGGUCUGUGGGGCUGCAGGGUCUGGGAAAACGACCCUAAUACAGAAGAUAAUCCACGACUGGGCCACAGGAAUGAAUUAUGAAGAGUUCAGAUUUGUCCUUCAUUUUAAAAUUCAGAAUUUAAAUGCAAUAGAAGGAAGAAUAACGUUAAGUAGAUUGAUAGCUGACGCAUAUCCCUACUUGGAAAAUUACCUGCAUCAUUUGUGGAAAGAACCCAAACGUUUAUUAUUUAUAUUUGAUGAUUUGAACAAAUUGCAUCGAUCUUUUAUUUUCUCUGACAAUGAAAGAAGCAGCGAUCCACGACACAGUUGUACCGGACCAGAGUCUAAUUGUUUAGUGGUCGACAUCCUACGCUGCCUCCUGCAGGGAGAGUUUCUGAAAGGCUGCUCAGUGCUGAUCACAGUCGGGCUUUGGAAACAGGAGAUGCUGCGUCAUGUAACAGUAGAUUCAACCUUCCAAGUCAUGGGAUUCACUUCUGAGAAAGUAAAAGAAUAUUUUUGCUGUUACCUCCGUCAUGGGCAGUACAGAAAAUAUAUUCUACAAUUGAUUGAGGAGAAUGAAAUAUUGCGAAACAUGUGUAGUAGCCCUCUAUUUUGCGUCACUCUCGCCUCAUUUCUGGAGUCUCACCGACCACAAAAAGAAGAAACAACAAUGCCUGUCAUAAACCAUACUCAGUUGCUCUUUGACUACAUCACACUCCUUCUCGGAACAUGUGGAUAUGACGAUAACACAACUCAGAAGUCUUUAAUUGCAUUCGGCGAAUUGGCCGAGCAUGGAAUUAGACGUAACACCCUCUUCUUUUCGUUGGAAGCAGGUGCUUCAGUUGAUCUAAGUACUUGCCCACCCAAUUUUACCUCGGCUUUUCUGAUCCAGGUUACGGACAAAGAGAGUUGUGGUGCUGUUUACGGAUUCAGUAACUCUGUUGUACGAGACUUCCUUGCUGCAUUUGCGAACAUCCUGAAUGCUCCAAUAUCUCGACUGAAAGGGUUACUCGAUGAAACGUUUACGGACCCUGAUGGCAGAUUCAGGAUAUUUUCACUUUUUCUUGUCGGCCUGUCUGCACGGAAUGCAAUUGAUCGCCUAAAGUUGGAAUUGGGUUCAGAACGUUCUGAAGUUACUUCGUGUAUCUCCGAAUGGCUGACAAAAAGUGUCAAAAGACGACUGGUGAACAUGGACGGGAAGAUUGCCCAACGCACGUUUCUACACACGCUGUACUGCUUACAUGAAUUUGGAGAUAAUGAAAUAAUGAAGGAAGUGCUGACUCCUAUUACAACAAUUAAAUUAAAUCAACUCGUCCUCACAUCUCCCGAUCGCGCAGUUUUAUCCAGAACUUUAAAAUAUUCUGAGAUGAUUGAGGAGAUGGAUCUCAGUUCAUGCCUUGCACAGCCAGAGGAAAUGAAGCAACUGGAACAGCUGCUGCACAAAUGUGUAAUUCUCAGAUUGAAUCAAAAUAACUUAAAAGACUCAGGAGUGAAGCCCCUUUUCAAUAUUCUGAAGGAACGUGACUGUAAAAUACAAACGCUGGAGCUGCGAUCCAACCAUUUAACAGAUAAUUGUCUGCAUCCGCUUUUCUCCGCUCUCAGUAUAAAUCGUUCGGUAACGCAGCUGAACCUGAGCAAUUCCAGUCAGGAUGAGAAGCAAGCCAACCAGUUUACUCAUGAAAGAUUGCAAUAUCAUGUGGAAAAUUACGCUCAGCUGAAAGAAAUCAGAUGGCUACGCUAUGAAUCUAUUCGAGAGGACACUGCAUCAAAUACUUUAAUCUUAACAACAGACUAACCGUCAAAAAGGUUGCAUCUAUUUACAUGAAUAACAUGUACUCCGCCGUACAUCUACUGCAAUUUCAAAGGAACGAUUCAGUUUGUUGCAGGUUGAGCAUAAUGUCACCGUUUUUGAUCACCAUAGAGAACCGAAAAGGACAUAUACACACAAUUCCUCAGAAACAUCAGCUUGUUUGUUUGAUCUCAAAGAUAUUCUGAAUUGGUUUCAAAUUUGCUUCAGGCAUUAUGAAAUGACAACGGUGGGUUGAAAUGUGUUGGACAGCAUAUCAUUCCACCAAACAAUAAUUACAUUAGACUUUCAUGAAUAUUGGAAUGUUGCAACGACAGUGGACAGCUGCAAGGUCUGUAAAAUUAUCUAUUCACCUCGUGCUACAUUACAUUGUCAGAUGCCACCGUUUGGAUCAAUAAUACUGUAUGUAUGCAAGACAAGCCGAUAAACGAUACACAUUUUAGUGGCAUACGAUUAUCAUUGCUGCGGCUCAACAUCGGAAGGCUAUGUUUUAAUAUCUAGUCUACCAAUAGGCGGGACGUUCUUCACAAAUGUGCGUUCGGAUUAAAUGCUGGAUAUGCAAUGAGAUAUCACCUCCAAAUCCGCUAUUGUCCAAUGUGUUCCCCUAUAAAAUAGAUAUAAAAUAGAGCAUUCUUCAAUUCAGUGCCACGACUGGUGGUUUCGCCUUGGGAGCAGUACGCAAAAGUGACAAGCAAGCAAGCAAGUUCAUUUGUAAUUCAGUUUUCAAAUACAAGGCUCUUCAAAGUGAUUUACAAGGAACAGAUAUAAAAAUAAAAGAGUAAAUUUCAGACAAUGUGUAAGAUAAUUAAUUAACUCAAAAAUUGAUAUGGUAAAUAGAAGUUAAUUCGUCCAAGCAUAGUUGAUUCGGUUACUGAAAUAUGAGCACGUACACCGUAAAAUUUUAAGAGCCACGGCAUUAUGUGUAAUGUCCAGAGCAAGUGAAACAUACUCACAGACAAAAAUCAGGAGAUCAUAGCGACAUAUUUGCAACACAAACUGCAUUGGUCCACAAAUAAUGUCUGCGGAAACACGGCACUGACGGCUUAAGAUGAACACAUUCUCCUUCCUUCUACGCGUAAGCAAAAUUUAAAACCAAACGAUUACACUACCAUGGUCGCAUGAAUCGACAACACCUCUCUCUCUCUCUCUCUCUCUCUCCUUCCCUCCCUCCUCUUAGCUCUCCUCCUCUCAGCUCUCUGUCUCUCUCUCACUCAAGCACACGCAGACAACGAAUUUUCUCAUUUCCAUUAUCCCAUUGUUCAGUUAUAUCCAAUAAAAUCCUUUCAUUUUCACACUUUAGUUGUUCCACAUACCAACUGUCAGUUUCGUUGAUUAUUCUAAUAUCACGCACGCACUCGUAUCCUCACAUUCACCUGUUCUAUUUAUUAUCUGACGGCUAAUGCCACAAAUCUUCUGAUACUGGCUCAUAGAAACAUAGAAAACCAAGGAUGCUCCAGGAGGAACUCAUAGAGUGAGGUUGUUUUUGGCUUCACUCCAUUACCUUUUUUUUUAACCUAUGAUCACCCUUAUUUAUUUUAUUUUACCUACACUAGAAGAUUUAUUUAAUAGUAUUGAUGUUUCUUUGAACUACAUCCGUGAAAUUUGAAGAAAUGAGCAAAUAAAUAAGUACAAGAUCAAAAGGGCGAGAUCUUAAAAAUGGGAAAGACUCCGAUGGAAAUAGGAAAAAAGGGUGAAUCCAAACAAACUGAGCUAACUGAUGAUAAUCUGAUGAGUCCUUUAAAAGGAAAAAAAGAGAUCAACAACGUCAAAGUUUUAAAGCAGAUUUAAAGUCAAUUACGGAUUAUUUUCAAUCGAUUGAUUGCGAAGUUAAACAACAACAAAGUAAAUGACUGAAUUGGACAAGGAUACUCGGAAAAAGAGAUUUGAGAAUUGAGAGUUUGAAACAAGCAAUGUCUUCGACGAUUAAGCAACUGGAGCUUUUUAAAUCCAAGAUUAUUGAUCUUGACUACGGAUCUAGAAGACAGAACGUACGUAUAAUUGGUCUCGCCGCGGAUGUCGAGGAAGGAUACCAUUUAAAACUCUUCGUUCAACUUUUAAAGGAUGCGUUUAGCUCUGUAUUCCCGGACCAUCCCCCAUUGCUUGACCGCGUUCACCGUACAUUGCGCCCCAAACCGUCCUAAGAAAUUAAACCCAGGCCAGUGAUCCUCCGUUUCCACUAUGUUCACGUUAGAGAACAUCUUAUUCGAUUUGCCCGUCGGCAAGGUUUGAUUUAAUUUCAACAUUAUCAGUUCAAUUUAGUGGAGGCCUACAGUCCAGAAGCGCUGAAGGAGCUGUUGGCUUUUAAGCCUCUGAUGUCGGAAUGCUAUCAAAAAGGUCUCAGACCAGCCCUACUGUAUCCUGCCCGUUUAAGAAUUUCUCCUUCGCAGGGUACACGUUGUGUCUUCUAUUCCGCAAGUGCGCCUCGAAGUUUUUUUGGAUGAGCACUAUUCAACUACAGUCGAUAGUUCGCUCUAAUUAAUGUUUUGCUCUCGCAGCAUCGGCUCUUUUUUUUUACGUGCUUUUUCUUUAAAGCCUAUAAUCAUCGUAUGAAGAUGGACUUUUAUAAGUUCAAGAUUCUGGUUUUGGGUUAGUAGUGUUGGCAUUUUUAGCAUCACAAUUGAAGUUUUUACAUGUUGAUGAUUUCAUUUUUUUUUACUUUGUUAAUUCCUAAUGAUUUGAUUUCUGACACUGUCGCUAACGAUUUGAUAGUGAAUUUCCAUCGUAUGAAGGAAUAUCUUGUUUAUUUUUUGCUCCGUAUAAUUAUGAUGACUGUCUGUUUCCCUUCUUUCAUAAUAUAUUUUGUUCUUUUCGACUACGCCAUCUUUUCAUGUUCCCUCUGCCCAUAAUUCUUUUAUUUUUUUGAAGGGCCGUUUUCAAUUAUUUAUCUUUGUAAUUGAUUAAUGAUAUGCAUCAGCGCUUAUUUUAUUUUCUUACCUUUUAGAAAGCACAAUAUGAAGAUUAUUAUAGUACAGUGUUUUUUUUAUUUCGGGGGUUCGCUUUUUAACAUAUAUCUUUGGAGUUGCCUUCUGGAGAAAUGGUGGUAAAUUUAGUAUUGGUUCUUAAUUCUUUUUUCUAGCCCUUUCCGGCUUAGUUUCGCGACUUUAUGGGUGGAGGGAGGGGAGUUCUUUACGUUUUGUAUUAAUCUUUUCUAUCGGGCUGAUUCUGAACAACAAAGAUGUCUGCAGUGUCGUGACUUCUGAUUCAACUGUGAAUAUUAAAUACGCUACCAAUUUACAUUAUAUACCAAAGGGUUGGCUUUAAAAUGUGGCUCAGAUUAUUAAUUUUGUCUCUUGGUAUACAAAUGGUUUUAACCAUCCAAUAAAACGAAAAACAAACUGUUUUAAAGUAUUCCAAAGACUGAUUGCUCAUAUUAUUUUCGCAGAAGAAACUCAUGUGAGGAAAGAGGAUAAUCAACGAUUUGUUUUUUUUUUAGAUUUUGGAAGGCACAAAUUAUCCCUUCAACUGUCAGGCCAAAGUGAAAGGAGUUUAAUUUUUUUAUGGAUCCCUCAAUUACAUUUACUGAUUAAGACAUUGUUUCAGAUCCGAGUGGUAGAUUUUUGUUAAAUACUGGUUACUUUUUAAUUAAAAAAGUUGCCAUGGUCAAUGUCUAUGCUCCAAACAUGGACUACCUCGACUUUUUUAAGCAUUUAUUCACUUUUUUCCUAAUUUAAACGAGUAUAUUUUAAUAAGGGGAGGUGAUUUUAAUUGUUAUUUAAAUCCACUGAUUGAUAGAUCCAUAUAUAGUCAGGCUUUACCGAGUAAGUUGGUUACUCUUAUCAACUCUUUUAUGAUUGAGUCUGGAUAUUUUGGGGAAUAAUAGCUUUAAGUCCUUUUCAGAAAGGCGUAACAGCAACUAUUUAUAAUAUAAUUAUGAAAAUGUGUCCAGACGUAUUUAAGUUAUGAGUGAUUGGGAAAAAGAAUUUGAGAUUACUUUACCGAUUGAAAAACGGGGAAAAAAUUGUUCAAUUAGUUAACUCAUCCUCUGAAUGUGCUACAACAUGUGUUGAUACAGUUUAAACUAGUACAUAGGGCCCUUAGGUCCAGGGAUAAAAUAGCUUGUUAUUACUGUCAUAUAAAUCCUGUAUGCAAUAGAAGUCACUCUGAGACAGCUUCUUUAACUCAUAUGUUUUGUUGAUGCUCUUUUUUUUUUGCAAAGAGGAAUGGAAAGAUAUUUUUGAAAUUAUUCCAACUGUUCUGAGUAUUGAUUCACAACCUUACCUUAUUACUGCAAUAUUUGGGUACCCAAUGGUAGAAUCAAGUUCUUUAAACUCUUCAGCUCGUCGGAUGUUUGCAUUUCGUACAUUAAUUGCUAGAAGAUAAAUUUUGUUAAAUUGGAAAGAGAUUAAUCAUCCCACUAUAUUUCAUUGGUUCACUCAAACUAUGUUGUGUUUAAAUUUAGCAAAAAAAAUAGAAGUGUUAUUUCUGAUCACUCUAUUAAAUUCGAAAAGACUUAAAGGCCAUUUAUUCAACACUUCCAGAUAAUGUAAUUUGACCCUUUCCAAAUCUAUUCUAUUUUUUCUCAAUAUAUGUUGAGAGGAGCGGAGUCGACCACACUAAUGGUUCUUUUUUUUCUGAUAUUACACAACAGCCCAUGUCUUUUAUCUUUUAUGGUCAAUACUCUUUAAGUUCGUUUUUCUUUUGGGGUAUAUUUCUUUUUUUUUUCAUGAUAUGUAUUUUUUCUGUUAUUCUCAAAUAUUAUAUUUGUGUCCUGUAUGAUUGCAAGGUUUAAUACGCGUGUGUCAACUGGGUUUAUAUUUAAAUAUGCUAAUUACAACAAUGUAAUUCCGAUAU